AUGCCUGGUGAACUCAGCAAAGAUGAGAGGAUAGAUGAUCCAGCCAAACGGUUCAAAAAUGAAAUAUACUUUGCAACUUUAGACACACUUUUAAUGCAAUUGGAAGAACGUUUUCAUGAUUUUUGUGAAAUAGUUGCAAAUUUCCAUUGUCUUGAUCCAUCCCAAUUUUUGGCAGAUAACACAGCUUUUUCAACAUUGUGUGCAAUGUAUGAUAAUGAUAUUAACCACAAUGAAGCUGUUCUAGAAUAUGAAACUUUGAAAAAUGUUUAUGAAUCUAUACGUUCAUCACUACCUGAAGAUCUUAAAAUCCAUGAAAUGCAACGGUGCGGUGAAAAUUUUAACAUCGAUAUCGCAGACGUUCAGGCAAGUGCCAAUGUUCAAUGGCUACAGCAACUUGCAAAGUUUGAUGUAGCACCUGGUGGUCACGAGAGAAUUUCAAUUGCUAAUGAAAGCUGA